UGCACAGAUGGCUCCCACCUUAAUCCGUGGAGUUUCCAGACUUUACACACUGCCCAUUCUGAACUGGGAGGGGGGUGGGUAAGUACAAAAACUGCCUCAAGACCGAAAGUUCCUUCAGCUCCUGCACUUUUCCAAGACAAACACGUUCAGCCGACCCUGAAAGGAGAGACCCUAGUAGGAACAAUUUGUUCUGUCAAAUCCACACGACCGAUCUGGUGUUAGAUUGCUUCCACGUCGCCAGUCAGGCAGUGCAGCAUGUCGGAGGAGGUGAAGCCAGAGAGCCUGUCGCUGUAUCCUGCGAGUGCUGCAGCCACCCCUGAACAGGAGGCGGUGUGCAUCUUUGGGACGGGAGACUUGGGGCGCUCUCUGGGUCAACGUCUGCUGCAGUGUGGGUUUAGGUUGGUGUAUGGCAGCCGGAGACCUCACAGCUGCGGCCCCAUUCCUCCAGGAGCUCAGGUGAUGAGCCAUGAGGCAGCGGCGCAAUCAGCCAGCUUGGUCUUUGUUUGUGUCCACAGAGAACAUUAUGACUUCCUGGAGACCCUAGCACCUCAACUCAAUGGGAAGGUGCUUGUGGACGUUAGCAACAAUCUCAAGAAGAAUAUGUACCCAGAGGCCAACGCUGAGUAUCUGCAGAGGUUAAUCCCUGGGGCCCAUGUGGUGAAAGCAUUUAACACCUUGUCAGCCUGGGCUCUCCAGAACGGACCUUCAGAUGCCAACAGACAGGUGUACCUGUGUGGAAACAAUCCUGAGGCUAAGCAGGCAGUGGCAGUGAUUUCCACCAAACUGGGCUUCACUGUUCAGGAUAGAGGGUCUCUGUCUGCAGCCAGAGAGCUGGAGGACUUCCCCCUGCAGCUGUUCCCCGAGUGGAGGCUGCCCAUGCGCCUCACCAUUGGCCUCACUGCCUUCUUCUUCUUCUAUCUUCUCACCAGAGAUGUCAUCUAUGCGUACGUUAACGAGGGGAGAGACAUCUCCUUCAGAAUCAUGAUGUCCUUGGCUAACAAGGUGUUUCCAAGUGUAUCUCUCAUCUUGCUGUCUCUCUGUUAUCUGCCUGGAAUCAUAGCUGGCUUCUUUCAGCUCUACAGAGGAACCAAAUACAAGCGUUUUCCUGACUGGUUGGAUCGCUGGAUGUUGUGCAGGAAACAACUAGGUCUGAUAGCUCUGGCCCUUGCUUCCCUGCAUGUGCUUUAUACUCUAAUCAUCCCCAUAAGGUAUUAUGUAAGAUUCAGACUUGCAGGAAGUACCAUCUCACAGAUCAAGAGUAACAAGACAUCUUCAUUUGACACAACCAUGGCCUGGAGAACUGACUCAUACUACUCCAUAGGGGCUCUGGGAUUCGGCUUGUAUCUCCUUUUGGGAAUUUCUUCUCUCCCUUCUGUCAGCAACGCUCUCAGCUGGAGAGAGUUCAGCUUCAUUCAGUCCAAGUUGGGAUACCUGACGUUGUUCUUCUGCACCUUUCACACCUACCUGUAUGGUUGGGACAGAUUUCUGUACAUCUCGCAAUACAAAUGGUACACUCCCCCCGGCUACAUGCUCUGCUUGGUGGUGCCCACCCUGGUGCUGAUGUUCAAGCUGCUGCUUCUUCUGCCUUGUGUGGAUAAAAGCCUCAGCCGCAUUCGGCAGGGCUGGGAGAGGACAGAUCCUGAGAACGACAGCAAGAAGUCACUGUUAGCGUAGGAUUGUCACAAACUUAUAUAGAAACAUAUUGUCUGUUUUCAGAGCACUCUAAAUGUUAUUCAACCACUUCAGUUUUAAUGCAGAACAAAAUAGUGCACAACAGUAAAGGCCUGUGUUAAGUGUUACCAUAUUUACAUCCACAGUUUGAACACCCUCACUUUGUUUAUUGUAAGUAUUUUUUUUUGUAUCAAUUAUUAAGGAAUACUUUUGUAUAGCCAAUGCAAUAGGGGCAAACAAUAAUAAAAAAAAAGUAAAUAACACAUGAAACCGGUAUUUUAUUGUUUUUGUACUAAAUAGAAGUUUUGAAUUUUUCUUUAUAUAUAUAUAUUCCAUAGAUGAACAACACAUGUUAUAAUUUUUUUUUUAACAUAACAUGUCAUAAAGAUAUAUUUUCAGUGUUCUUGGACAUCUACUAGAUCUAUUUCUUCAGAAUCUUCACACCUAGCAUUUUAGCAAUAAAUAAUCCUAUAUAAUAAACAUUCUUACUUAAUAACAGUGGACAAAAACAAAUAAGAAUUAUGUACCUAAAUAAAUUACAACAAUCUGCAAGCUCAAUUAAGAACCCCUUUAAAGAGGCAACUCACCCGUAUAAUCGUGACACGUUUUGUUUUCCUGAGGAAGAUUAAUGAUGAAGAGAUGAUUAAACCCAGAAAAUCCUCAGAGUCUGCAGAACUUUUUCACAUUAAAUAAUAAUUUUAGAUGAACAGUGCUGAUUUGGAGUGAAUCUUUCUUGAAGUAAGACGGACGAAACAGUUGAACAUGGGAUAAUUUCUCAUGUCUUUGUUGCUUUUAUAUUUGUAAUUUUUCAUGUGAUCCAUUUGGUCAAAGAAGUAUGUCAUUGUUGUUGCAGUGACUAGCUAGCAAAUUAUACAAUGGAAAGAAACAAGUAGUUGGAUAAAGAAAAUAUCAGUUUUACAGAUAUGGUCUAUCCUCGUGUCUCCAAGAAUUACUGCAAAACAGAAAGACUUGCAUUCCACAUAUAAAAAAAGCAACUUUUGAAUCCAUGUGACUUCAUUAAAGCAGUUAAGUAAUUUAAGCCAAGAGUUAAAUACUUCUAAGUAUCAAUACAGAGAUAUUGGAAAUAACCCAUUUUUUGCUAUUUCGAUUCUAAUGUUUCUCUUGUACUUUUCUAAAUUAAUUCAAAUCAGCCAUUUUGGACUUGCAUUGAAAACAAUGUACAAAAAGUGCUGAUGAGUGCAUUUAUGUAGAGCAGAAAUCACUGAAUCAGCAGUCAGAGGGCAUCAGAAGGACUCCAGUUUGAUGUAAAAUGUGAUGACUGUUGAAUUGUCAUUUAUACUUCUGUAUUUUUAGUCAACUGAAAGGUCUACUUAAAGUACUCUGUCUACAGUGGUGUUCACACAAAAAGGAUAUGUCUCAAAAAAUUUAAUAUCAUUAUAAAUCAAUGAAAAAAGUUACAAGCUGCCUUUUCACAGAAUGCUGUAUACUAAUGAAAGUGUGAGGAAAAAUAUAGGUAUAAAAAGGUGCACAAGAAACAGGAAUAGAACCUUCACACAAUGCAACAAUAAAUCAUAAAUUCAUAUUAUUCAUAGUAUUAGGUGUAUAGACUGAACAAUACAGUCACCAGGCUGACAUUUCUGAAAUCAAAUGUAGUUUUUAUUGGUUUAAUGAGAAAUUCACAUUUUCCAAGAAGUUAAAUGUUGGUGUUUCAUUUGCUGUAAGUCAUAAUAAUUAAAAUAAAGUAGAACUAAAAAUCAGAGUCUUUGUCAUGAGUUUCAUGUUUUCAACUAAAUUACUGAAAUAAAUGAAAUUUUCAGGAUAUUGCUACAUUUAUAAAAUUACAUCUCCACUGACCUGUAUUCUGUAUUCUGAUUGUGUUCUGAAGGUCGGAUUACAAUCAAUUUCUGCAAUAAUUUCGGCAUAUUACGAACUCUUAUUGUGUUUGCUAAAUAGUUACAAUUAUGUGUUCUGCUGAGUCUGUAUUUGUUAACGUUUCAUCUGUCUCUUAACCGGUUAAAUAAAAACACAAUCGGACCUGC